AUGAGAUUCGUCGUUCUUGUAUUUUUGAUUGCAGCGGUGUUCGCAGAGGGCCCGAUCACCGAUUUGGAUGCCGAUACGUAUCGCCCUUUCAUUGAGUCUCAUACCGAUGUUGUGGUGAAAUACUACACUCCUUGGUGCCAUCAUUGCAAGCGCCUUGAACCCAUCUAUGAAACAGUCGCUGAGAAACUGACGAAAAAGUAUCCACAGGUGGUGUUUACCCAAGUGGAUGUGAAUGACAAUCCCCGAAUUGGAAGACUGGAAAAGCUCCAUGGUGUACCGGUUAUCAGAUAUUUCAAGAACGGGAAGUCUCUCCCAUAUGAGGGAAGGAUGGAGAAAGAAUUCAUCCAGUCCUUUAUCGAGAAUAUCAUUACAUCCUCGUUCGAAGGCGUGCAAGACUCCAUAACCGAGUCAAAGCUCUCUGAUCUGCGCGCAAAGCUCCAAAAGUAUACUCAAACGAUCGUAGCCUACUGCGACGACAAUUCCCGCGACUAUAUCGGCGCCCUCGAACUCGCGAUGCAGGAAGUCGUGAACCUCACGCGCAUCGUCAUAUCAGAUCGGGAAGUCGCUUCGAAAAUGAACGUCCCCUUCCCCAGCCUGGUUCUCUACCACGCCAGCGGCAACGGGAUCGUCUACCACGGCGCGCUGGACAAGCAGGAGGUGCUGAAAUGGGUCCUGGUGGCCGAUCUGCCUGCGAUCGUGCCGUACACCGUCUCGUUCACUCGCCGUCUUUUCGACAAACGCCACGGCAUCAAUCUCCAGCUCUUCUUCUUCGCUCCCGAGAAGAAUCCGGGAAGCAAAGCGCAGCGCUACCGCGCGAUUCUGGAGCCCAUCGCCGAGAAAUACCGCGGGACGUUGUUUGUCUCGCACAUUCCGUCGGAGAACCCGCGGUUAUUGGACUAUUACGGAGUGCGCGCGACGCAGGUGCCGACGAUCGGCUUGGCGAACUUCGUGGGCGAGCGGAUGGAUAAAUACGCGUUCAGCGGCGAGUUUACGGAGCAGAACAUUGUUCGGUUUAUCGAGCGCUUUUUGAAGGGCGAGCUGAAGCCGUUUUUGCGAUCGGAGGAAGAACCGAAGACGAAUGAAGGGCCUGUUUAUACCAUUGUUGGAAGCACGUUUAAUAAGAUGGUGUAUGACCCAUCGAUGGACGUCGUUGUGAAAUUUUACGCUUCUUGGGAUGGAAAGAGCAAUGAUCUGGCUCCUGAGUUUUUGACGGCGGCGAAGCAUUUUCUGAAGGAUUCAUCGAUCCUGUUUGGAGAAGUGGACAUUAUGAAGAACGAAAUGGAGGGAAUCAACACGAAGGAGUUCCCGAAGGUGAUUCUUUUCAAGGCCGGAGGGAACGGAAGAGAGCGUGUGGAGUUUACGGGAGAAAUGAAGGCGGAUAAGUUGAUAGCGUUUGUAGAGGCAAAUCGUGGUUCAAAAUUGGGAGAUUCUGAGGAAUUGUGGAAUGUUUGUUUGACUCCUGUGUUUCGAUCACACUAA